AUGCUUGGCAAAGUUCCUCGAGAAAUUUGGGACAAUAUAUUCGCUUUUCGACAACCAAUACCAUCUCUUGUUUCGUCGGAGCGUAGCAAACACCGCAAAUUGUGGAAUUCGAUCUUCAAGAGCGAUGAAUGGAUCCAGGAAAUAACGCGGCUUCAGGGGAACCCUUUGCUUUUCGGUCCGAUGCUCGACAAAGCUGGGGAGAAAAACAUCUAUGUGACGAUUCACUGUGGUGGUGGAGUUACGGACCCCAACUAUCGCUGGGAAUUGUUCUUAGAGUGUCUACACCGUCCAUAUAAAUAUAAUCCACACACGAGAGAGAUCAAACUUCGUUGGGGUAUUACACUGAACGUUUCGGAAAUCGAAAGCCCAGAGGAUCCGUUUCUGCUGAACGACAGAAAAUUGCUCCGAUUGCUUUCCUUUAAGGAUACCGCUCAGCCUACCUCACAGUUCUCAAUUUAUGGCACUAAGCAGAUCCUCAAUCUCCAGCCUUGCCAUAUAAUCGGUGUAGGAGAGCCUCCAUACUACUCCAAAGCCCUCAAGAACGGCUAUGCGGUCAAUUCUCCAGAUGGGACCCAAGUCUAUUUUGAAAAUAGGCAGAAGAGGUUCUUACUGGAUUUCGAUUGUGAACCAUCUGGCCAAAUCAUUAGAAUGACGUUUAGAAAGUAG